CCGGACUGCUGUGAUUAAAGGAGUGUUAACUCUGCAGCGUCGGAGGUCGACUCAACAAGCGAGCACGUAUAUCCAGGAAGUCUGCGGAGACAUGUGGUACAUCUCCUUCAUCCGCAGCUAACGACGGACGUCAACAAGUGGGCUGAUUGGACUGGACCUCACUGCUAGCCGUCGUUAGUGUCACAGGACAGCUUUGCCGUAAGAGUAACGUUGCUGUUAACAUUAAACCAGGAUGGAGAGCGGGGAUGACAGUGUCCUCCGCUGCAGAGCCGUCCCGAAGAUGCCCACCUUCUCUGAUUUAGAUAGAUCUCUGAAUGGGGACUGUAAUCAGGGACAGCACCAGCAGGGCAGUGGAGGGAACCACGGUACCAGCAAUGGAAAAAUUGAAGUGGAACAGGUGAUCAGCAAAAAGCUACAACUGAAAAGAAAAGCAGAGCACCUGAAGACUGACCUGAUGCAUCAGUUUGACAGUCAGGUCAAUGACUUCAUGGACAGUCUUAUUGAGGAGUCGGCCACUCUGGAGCCUUCACCUGUAUCUGCUGUAUUCUCACCAGCGCUGUCCGACAAGGAGAGGAGCAAACUCAGGCAUUUCAGGGCUCCUCAUGGCCAAGGCAAGCAGUUUGUCAGUCGCAGGUCCCUCUUAGAUGAGCUGUUUGAGGUGAACCACAUCAGGACUAUCUACCACAUGUUUAUUGCCCUGCUCAUUCUCUUUAUCCUCAGUACACUGGUGGUAGAUUUCAUAGAUGAAGGCAGACUGGUGCUGCACUUUGACCUGCUGGUCUAUGCGUUCGGACAGUUCCCUCUGGUGGUGUGCACGUGGAUCUGCAUGUUCCUGUCUGUGUUGCUGGUUCCUUACGCUCUGUUCAACCUGUGGGCGCAGACCCAGUCUGGGUCUUACACUCACCCCAGGUUGUGCAGUUUGCUGUUUGGCUCUGUGUUCCUGCUCUACCAAGCUCUGGGUUUGGGAUUCCUACCUACAUACGUGGUGGUGACCAACAGUUUGCCACCUGCAUCCUGCUUCAUCAUCAUCCUGGAACAGGUGCGUCUAAUGAUGAAAGCCCACUCUUUUGUCCGGGAGAAUGUACCAAGAGUCUUGACCUGGGCUAAAGAAAAGACCAGCCCCAGCCCAGUGGUCCCUCAGGUCUCUCAGUAUCUCUACUUUCUGUUUGCACCCACACUCAUCUACAGAGACAAGUACCCCAGGAACCCAGUGAUCAGAUGGAGCUACGUAGCCACAAAGUUACUUCAGGUACUAGGCUGUAUGUUUUAUGCCUAUUACGUGUUUGUGCGGCUGUGCAUCCCUCAGUUCCGCAGCAUCAGCCUGCAGCUGUUUGACCUCAGGGCCAUGGUCCUCGGUGUCUUUAACUCCAUCUUGCCAGGAGUGUUGAUUCUCUUCCUGGGAUUCUUUGCCCUCCUCCACUGUUGGCUUAAUGCUUUUGGUGAGAUGCUCCGAUUUGCAGACCGGAUGUUUUACAAGGAUUGGUGGAACUCGACCUCUUUUGCUAAUUACUAUCGGACUUGGAAUGUAGUGGUCCAUGACUGGCUGUACUACUAUGUGUACCGGGACUUCCUGUGGAUGUCUCAGAAGCGUUUCAGACCGGUAGCCAUGCUGUUUGUGUUUACAGUGUCAGCAGUGGUCCACGAGUACAUCCUGGCAAUCUGCUUUGGUUUCUUCUAUCCCGUCCUCUUCUGCCUCUUUAUGUGCUUUGGAAUGAUGUUCAACUUCAUUCUACAUGACCAAAGGAAAGGUCCCAUCUGGAACGUAAUCAUGUGGACGUCCCUCUUCCUGGGUCAGGGAGUCAUUAUCUGUCUGUACUCCCAGGAGUGGUAUGCCCAGCGCUACUGCCCCCUGAAGGAGCCUUCAUUCCUUGAUUUAUUGAAGCCUCGGUCAUGGAGCUGUCAGAGGGGCCUGAUGGAGGACUCUGAUAGGCUGUGAUCUAUGUUUGGACUACUGCUGAGGAUCAUCACUCAUCAGUACAUAUUUGACCAGCCUUUCUGUUUCUGCCAUCAUUUCUUAUCCAUCUAGUUGGUUUCUUUUAUUGCAUUAUGGUUGUGAAUGAGUGUGUAUGAACGUAUGGAAGAGAUCCAGUAAGUGUCAGUGCCAAAAUGUUCUUUACUCUAACAGAAAAGUCACAGUGAUGCCUUAUAUGUUGGUUUUAUGUUUUCAAAAACAAACCCUACAAAAUUACAAGUUCACAUAAAUCCCAUGUGAACAUUUUUUAUUUUUAUGUAUUAUUUAUUUUCAGAUGUACUCCCUUUACUUUUGCCUUGAUCAACUGUGAAAACCACUCAUUGUGCCAAUAUGAUGGUGGCAAAUGUGAGGUGGCAGCGAAAUACAACAAAUACACUAUACAAACAUCAUUCACAUAUGCAGUAAUGGUUAAUAUUUAACACAGUUUGCAAAUACAAUUUCAGAAUGUUUGGAUAGUCUUUCAAUGUUAUUUAUUUUCACUGCCAAUAAGAUUUAUUUUUAAAAAUGGCCGACGGUUGAUGUUUUGUAUAAAUAUAUGAGGAACUGUGGCCUCUGUAUUACGGCUUCUAGAUUGCACUUAACAUCUCUAAAGAGGAAAAUGAGGGUGGAUUUUGACACAUUGAAAUUAUUUUAUAGUGAAUCUGACACUAUAGAAAUGAGAAUUCCUGAUGCUAAACUUACGAAAACAUGUUUUUACAAAAUAGAGAUGACUAUUAUGCUGUAUGGAGGAAAUCUAUUCUGACUGCUGAAUGUAAUCUUGAUGGUUUUUAAUAUGUUUAAUUCAACUAGUUUGAACAUACAUCUAGCGUCAUGGAUAGAAAGUUUCCUGUGAACCUAAAUUAUGUUUUAGUUUGGUAAUGACCAAUGUAACGUUAUGUGAAGGUGAAAUCACCACAGAGUAACUAACUCAUAUAAAUGUUGCAGCUGGCUGCUAGAAUGGUAUAAGAUUGAAAUAGUAAUGAUACUUGAUUAGCACUUUGGGCUACAGAUUGCUUUGUCCGAUACUGAGUAAAUGAAAUAACAGUGUUUUGUUGUUUUAAUCAUAAACAUUUUACAGGACAAUAAUCUCCAUUUCAAACUACUGGAAUAAGGAACAUAUAUGCACAGUGUGCUUUUAUUUACCAUGGUCUUGAAACAGUGUGUCCACACAUUGGUUUUAUUUUUAAGGAAAUCACAAAGUUAAUGCACAGUUAUUGUUGUCAAUCCUGAUAUAUUUCAAUCCAGGGAGACUGUAUUUAUACUUGUGAAUACUGAGAUGCACAAUAUGAAGUAAAAACCAGCAAUGGAAAUCUCAGCACUUCCAAAAAACGUCAUGACCACAAGGUGGCACUGUAUUAAAGGCUUUUACUUUUGAUUCUUUCUCUGCUCAUUGUGGUUGUGAAUUGUGUUCAGGAGCCAUUGAGGCUUCCCCAGAGUCCCUUACAAAUGUUAUAUCAACAAACAAAAGUACCAGCAACUUGUAUUUUGUUAUAUGUACAAAUAAUAGCAGAAAUAUUGGAAUGCCCUGUGGUACUUUCUACUAAGUAACUCUAGAAUAUUCCACAUUUGGCCGAAGCCUUAAUUUGUCUUUAUGCCUUUCAGCUUUGAUUAUUGAAGAUACUAUUUAUAGUAGUGAAAAGAGCCAACCUGCAGACAUGCAUUUAUUGAAAUGAGAUGUUUAUUUUUUGGGAGUGGAGCUUUUGCCUGUGUCUACUGUGAUAUUUGUGUUCAUUGUGAUCUUUUUUUCUGGCCCUACAUAAAUCAUUGUCAGGUGACAAUGUUAUGAAUGAGUAUAUCCUGUCUCCUGAUGUAGACAAAUGUCUGAUACAUUAUUUAAAGACAAAUCAAAGUAUAAGAAUAAAAAAGUAGGUUCCCUUUA